AUGUCAAAUAACUUAAGAGCUGAAAUUAGAAGAAUUUGCCAAAAUGAAAGAAACAUAGCUAGGCGAGAAGAAAUUAAUCGUCGCCAAAACGAAAGAAAUGCGACUAGGCGAGAAGAACUUAAUCGUCGCCAAAAUGAAAGAAAUGCGACUAGGCGAGAAGAACUUAAUCAUCGCCAAAAUGAAAGAAAUGUGACUAAGCGAGAAGAACUUAAUCGUCGCCAAAAUGAAAGAAAUGCGACUAGGCGAGAAGAACUUAAUCGUCGCCAAAAUGAAAGAAAUGCGACUAGGCGAGAAGAACUUAAUCGUCGCCAAAAUGAAAGAAAUGCGACUAGGCGAGAAGAACUUAAUCGUCGCCAAAAUGAAAGAAAUGAAGCUAGGCGUGCAUUACUUAGGUGUGGAAUGCAUUGCAUAGCAAGAAAUAAUAAUAUUAUAGAGAGAAGUUACCUUGGAGAAAUGAACCAUAUUUGUCAAUAUUGUGGUGCUAAAAAGUUUUUAAAUGAAACACAUUUUUUGUGCUGCCAUUCAGGAAAAGUUGUGUUAGCUCCGCUUUCACCUUAUCCACCACUAAUGAUGGAUUUAAUGAAAGCUGGAAUAGCUCCUCCCUCGAAUCAUGGCCCACCAUGUUUUAGGAUUUGUGGACAAAUUAUGCACCGUGUUAGUAAUCUGAGACCUGAUCAAAAUGUUUCACCAUCUUAUUGUCAGUUAUAUGUUUAUGAUCCCAAUACUGCCUUAAAUUUUCGAAUGGAGCAAAAUGAUUGUUGCAUACGGGAGUUAAUGGAACUUUUACAGACUAUAAUUAGUCAACAGAAUCCAUUUGCUCUUGCUUUUAAAAAUAUGGCACAAGUUGAAGAUGAAGAAAUGCGUCAAGCAGCUUUAGAAGGUCGCCCAACUUCAGUUGUCAAAAUGCCAUUGCUUGAAGGUCGCGAUAGGCGUCGAUACAAUCUACCUUCACACGAUGAAGUUGCCAUUGUGUUUGUAGGAGACGAUGGUGCUCCACCUCCAUCUAGAGAAGUUGUUAUACACCCUCGAGGUCAGGCCUUGGAAAAAAUAUCAAGUAUGUCUGCUAAUCUAGAUCCAAUGAUAUAUCCAAUUUUUUUUCCAAGAGGCGAUGCAGGAUGGCAUGAUCAACUAGAGCACAAUCCAGACAGAACAACACGUGUUAGAAAUCAUGUUACUUUGUCUCAGUACUACAAUUAUAGGCUAUCUGUUAAAGAAAGCUUUAGCCCUAUAUUUUAUGGACAACGCCUUGCCUUCAUCAGAAAUAACCAAAGCAAACUUAGAAGUGAACAAUAUGAUACAUUACAUGAACAUGUAAACAACUUUGCAAAUAGUCAUGACAUAAGACCAGGGCGUAUUGUUGUACUGCCAUCUUCAUAUGUUGGAAGCCCAAGAGCUUUAAAAGAAAAUUUUGAGGAUGCAAUGAGAGAAAUUACAGAAAAUUUAAAUCCAGGUGAAUGUGCAAGUGACAGACCUGAUUUAGUUAGUCGUCUAGAAACAGCAGAAGAUAUUGAUAGUUUAAUAUCAGAUGAAAUUCCAGAUCAAACUGUUGAUCCUGAACUUUUUGAAAUUGUAAAAACAUGUAUGAUUCAUGGACCAUGCGGAAUUUUAAAUCCCAAUUCAUCGUGCAUGAAGGAUGGGGUUUGCACAAAAGGUUUUCCUAAAGAUUUCAAUCUUUAUACUGUUGCAACUUUCAAUGGCUAUCCACACUAUAGGCGUUUAGAUAAUGGUAGAGUAGUUGUUAUAAAAGGUAACCAAGUUGAUAAUCGUUGGGUUGUACCCAAAUAG